GCAUCUACGCGCUCACACGCACGACUUCAGUUACGGCCCCCGACUUGUGCACUUCCGAUCAACCCAUGCAGCCAACGAGCCAAUAGCUGCUAGCAAGUCCACUGUAGAAGCUGGCACUAAGCCGCUUUGGGGGCCACCUGUUUACUCAGUGCGAGCUCCAGACCGUCACAUGAUUUGCAAGCCUUUCCCCAGAGGGGCCCGCAACUACAGCCGAAUACGUUGUCUCAAUUUCCAAGGUUGUUCCCGCCGCCAAGUGUGCGGCUCUCACCAUGACCAGCAAUGUCGAUUUACCUUCCAGAUGGGUGACCGCAUUGCGGACGCAGGCCAAAACGGCUGACGCCCCGUCUGCAGAUGCUCUAUCAUGUCCUUAUUGCGAGCAUUCUGGAAGGAUAUUCCAGACUGUUGACCAGCUUUACAGCCACGCCAAAGUGGAACAUGCUUCUCUCCUGGACACCAUGGAUCCGGAAACGGCCCGUGCUCAGGUGCAAGAUGCAGCACUACGGAUGAAGGGCCUCACCGACCAGUCUUCUGACGCCACCGCUGGAGGAGGAUCCACACCCGAUAUCACUGCCCUAUCACUGGAAGCCAGAGGCCGACUAUCUCCAUCCGGAAGGAAGAGACCGGCCGAUUCGGACCUUCACGUCAGGCGAGGCAAAGCACCAGUCCACCCGGAGAUUUAUGAUGAAGAAGAGUAUGCGAGAGAACUCCGGCGCCCCGUCCCGGAGAGGACGCGCCCAAAGCCCAGCAAUCCUCGCUUGUAUGACCCCAAGCAGCAUCCCAAAAGCGCCAAAUCGCCGUAUCGAACGCCUGAAGUUGCCAGCGAAUGGUCCGUCGAGGCCAAUCGAAGUCAAACUCAAUCUCGGACACCACAGUCCACCACCCGCUCUCCUACCACGCAGCAUAGACCAACAAUCUCGUCUACUCCUCACCGCUCACAACCUGGCUUGAUCGAGCUUCAGCGAUAUGACUCUCGUUACCCCGGCCUCCUUUUACAGCCAGACUCACGACCGAUAUCUCAGGAGCAGCUUGCUUCGGAAGUAAAGUCGAUCUACGCCGGUCUUACCAUGGUGGAGACCAAGUGCAUCCAUGUUGAUCGGGCACAGGCUGCGGCUUUGCAAGAUGGCUCGGACCCAACGUCAAGACUCGCAAGCGACCAUUGGCAGGCACUCAUUGCUCUUCACAGGACUUUACUGCACGAGCACCACGACUUCUUCCUCGCGUCUCAGCAUCCUUCUGCCUCUCCCGCACUUCGCCGGUUAGCGGCAAAGUAUUCGAUGCCGGCGAGAAUGUGGAAGCACGGUAUUCACUCUUUCCUUGAGUUACUACGUCGUCGUCUUCCUGAGAGCAUCGAUUAUAUGCUCGCUUUCAUUUAUCUUGCGUACCAGAUGAUGGCACUUUUGUACGAGACUGUACCGGCUUUUGAAGAUACUUGGAUUGAGUGUCUCGGCGAUUUAGGUCGUUAUCGCAUGGCAAUUGAAGACGAAAACCCCCGGGACCGUGAGACGUGGGCUGGAGUUGCACGAUCAUGGUAUAGUAAAGCUGCUGACAAAAAUCCUUCCGUCGGUCGGCUCUAUCACCACUUGGCGAUUCUGGCGCGUCCCAAUGCCCUGCGUCAGCUAUACUAUUAUGCUCGAUCAUUAACAUGCGUCAAGCCGUUUCCCAGUGCGCGGGAAUCUAUCCUGACCCUCUUGGAUCCUAUGCUCAGUCGUCCUGCGGAAUCAUAUUCCCACGACCUGCCCAUUGACACAAGUUUCAUUCAAGCGCACGGUAUACUUUUCGGAAAACACUCGGCGGAACGUUUCGAAGACGCUCGUUUCGCGUUCCAAAGCCAGCUUGACAACCACAUCGGACGUGUGACUGCCAAAUGGAAAGAGCAAGGAGUGUAUAUUGCUGUCACCAACCUGGCAGGUCUAUUCAAUUAUGGGAGUGACGAUUCUAUACUACGCCAGAUCCUCAUUUUACACGAUAGGCAGUUAACCCGGUCUGCGAAUUCAUCAUCGCAUUCCGAUGAAGGUAGCCGCUCUCCCUCGCCCGUGGAGGAUGACAAGUCGUCACAAACGCUGUCGGAAUCAGAAGUUCCGGCCCAGAUUGAGAUCCUCUCGUCCGAUUUUAUUUUCUCUCGCGCCUAUCUGCUCACGAUGACCACGCUCACGCUAGUGCUCCGACGCAUUGGUGAUAAGAACGUUCUCCCUCACGUACACGUCCUUCUCGCAUUCAUCUCGACAUUCGCUUCCAUCAAAUACGUUGCCCACUUCAAUGACCACGCUCCUUGGACCGAGCUUGUUUCCUUUCUUAAUACGUUACUCAAGUCAGAACAACGACCGGAGAGGAUAUUCCCCGGCCCUGUAUUUCCUGCAGACCGAGCCGAUAGUCUCCCUCUCCCGGAAGACUAUUUGAUUCGUGGUCAAAUUUGGAGCCAAUGGUAUUUCCCUGAAGAAUGGUUCAAGAGGGAACACGAUGAAGAGGACCGGUCGCUAGAGCUUGCGAGCACUGUGAAGCUUCGGACGGAAAGGGUUUUGCAUCUGGGCUUUGAACUGGCUACCUUUGAUCGCUGGAUCUCCUAUGAUGAACAGACUCAUACUUUCUCUGUGACCAAUCUUUCCGACUCGUGUUAAAUCUUUUAAUGCUCGUUGAAUACUGGGCUUGCUGCAUCGACUCAGUGGCCGCAUGUUGUCACAAAGUGCCCACUUUCCUGAUGGAAUGACUCUGGAGCACCGAUCAGCAUAUGGAGGUCUGGUAAAUAGUAAGAAAUCGGAAAUGGGCGUCCACGUGGGGGAA